CUUGAUGGGCCAGCAGCGGAUAUUCUGACUCUGUGAAUUGAGCGGCUAGGAGGUGUUGCAUCUACGUUUUUUCCUCCUUUUUUGACCAGAUUUUCUUCAUUCUUCCUGCAUAUUAGAGUUAAAGAUUGAAUUCAGCAGGAAGAGAAGAGGAUUUAAACGAGCAAUACUCUCGCACGUUUCGGGAGGUUCUCAAACGUUUAUUUGUGCGACGCUCGAGGGACUGCAGGAAUCAACUGCACCUUUUCUCCAGAAACUUCACCUCCUUGCGCCAAUGAACCGAAUUACCUGAACGCCUCUAAGCUCGGCUCGUAAAAGUCAGCCAUUUGGUCUUCUUGUUCAAUAACGUUUUUGCAGUGAAAUAGGCGUUAUGCGCACAGUAAAGGUGUAAUUACCCAACACUUGCAAACAUGGCUGCUGUUGGAACAGAGGAGAGAAAAGUUUAACACUGACGUGGGAGAACUUUAGAGCAUUCAUGAGCUUCUGUCCGCUCCAUAGAAUGGUAGGCUCUAUCCCCUAGUUUGUCACCGCCGUCUCUGCACCUCCGAACCGGGGAAGCGACUGCGUGAGAACCGCCACCUCCUCCGUGGGCUCCACAGUGUCGCCGCAGUGGACUUUGUUGAGAAACUGUGGUGCCAUCCCAGACUCCGGGGGAGGCGUUCAAGGACUUCUCCAUUGACUGCGGGUUGUUUGGAGCUAAAAUGCAUUUUUCAAUACCCGAAACGGAGGUUCGUUCCGGGGAGAAUGGUUCCACUUAUGUGGCUUAUAACAUCCACGUCAAUGGUGUGCUGCACUGUCGCGUACGCUACAGCCAACUUCUUGGCCUUCACGAACAGAUAAAGAAGGAAUUUGGCAGCAAUGUGGUACCUACCUUUCCCCCAAAGAAGAUCUUCACACUGACCCCUGCUGAGGUCGAACAGAGGCGAGAGCAGCUAGAGAAAUACAUGCAAGCUGUUCGACAGCAUCCUUUGCUUGGAGCCAGUGAGCUAUUUAACAGCUUCCUAAGGAAAGCACAGCAGGAGACGCAGCAGAUUCCCACAGAAGAAGCUUCUCUAGAAAUCUGCCUGUCUAAUGGUCAAAAGGUUACGGUGGACAUUUUGACUUCAGAUCAGACGGAAGACGUGCUUGAAGCUGCUGCAACAAAGUUGGACCUCCCAGACGACCUUGUGGGGUAUUUCAGUCUCUUCUUGGUCCGAGAAGGAGUGGAUGGAAAUUUAACAUUUGUCAGGAAGCUCCAGGACUUUGAGCUGCCUUACGUAUCGAUUACCAGCCUGCGGAGCUCUGAUCAUCACAUAGUCUUACGGAAAAGCUACUGGGACAUGGCAUAUGAUGCAGAUGUGAUGGACAACAGAGUUGGUCUGAAUUUACUCUACGCCCAGACAGUGUCUGACAUUGAGCGAGGCUGGAUUCUGGUCAACAAAGACCAACACAGGCAGCUAAAAUCACUACAAGAGAAAGGCUCCAAGAAAGAAUUAAUCUUUCUCGGUCAGACCCUGAAAUAUUAUGGCUACUUAAAGUUUGAUCCCUGCAUCACGGACUUCCCCGAGAAGGGCUGCCAAGUCAUUGUCAGCGCUGGCAACAAUGAGCUCAAUUUUCAUGUCAAGCUGCCCAAUGAACAAAUGAAGGAGGGAAGCUUCAAGGUGACGCGAAUGCGCUGCUGGCGAGUCACGUCUUCUCAAGUCCCUGUAUCAAAUGGUACAACUAAUCCCUGCAACUCUGCAAAGUAUGAGGUCAAAUUGGAGCUCGCCUUUGAGUAUCUAAUGAGCAAAGAUCGCCUCCAGUGGGUCACCAUCACCAGCCAGCAGGCCAUCAUGAUGAGCACUUGCCUUCAGUCUAUGGUGGAUGAGCUAAUGAUAAAGAAGUCAGGUGGUAGUAUAAAGAAGAUGCUGAGGAAGCGUCACAACGGCUCCAUCCACCGGUCUGACAGUCAGCAAGCUGUGAAAUCCCCCCCUCUACUGGACUCCCCUGAUCCAAACCGUGAACAGAUUGUUAAGCUCUCAACUAAGUUGAACACGGUGUCACUCAGAGGGAUGAGUGCAUCCAACUCUGCCAACGACAUCAGCGGAGACGACUUUCACGGCAACUAUGCUUUCGAGGGAAUUGGGGAUGAUGACCUGUAAAGUCAGAUUCUCCUUCUCCUCAUUCCUCAAUUUACCGCUGACAACUAAAGCAACAAAGAUAACGAGCUGAACUGAGCCGAGUGGUCCACACGAGGCGUCCACGUCUGCAAGAUUGUAGCUUCUUCCUGGAGAACUUGCUGCCUUAGAGCUCCUAGUUACUCUUUUCACCAUUGAUCUUUUUAGACUAAAAGCUCAUCUCGAUUAGUUCGAGUUCUAAUCAUUCCAUUUACUUUAUGACUUUCAUUGGCCUACAAAAAGAAACUUUUUUUGUCUGCAUGUUGAUCUCCAACCACAGAGCCAAAUGUGUGUGUGUGCGUGCAUAAUGUGCAGACCUGCCACUAGUGAUUAUGUACCAGAACUGGGCAUAAUAAAUGCUCACAGUGAUCCAGCAAAUUCCAGCGAAUGUGUUUAGAUAUAUCUCACAACAGCAGAACAUUUGGAGCAAAUGGUUUGCCAUAUAGAUAACUCUUUUGGUUUCCAUACUCGUGUGCCAAGUUAGCAAAAAUAAAGAGUAGUCUAGUUAGAUGUGUCACAUAUACAGCCUUCAGAAGUAGUCUGAUGCCUUAACUUUUCAUGCCAUUUAGAGCAAAACACUUUGAACAAUUAGAAUCUUGCAGAAGUUGAUGGAAGGGUUUUUUGUUUUUGUUUAAUUGGUGGUGGAGCUGCUUGCACUUGCCGAACCCAUCAUUUUGCACAGUAUUAUAAAUACAGGUGAGCUGAAUUUUUUAACUAAAGCUCAAGCGUGACUUUAAACAACAUGAUCGGAGAGUCCAUUUUAUAUUGUUUUAGCAGGUUUUAAAGUUUCUCAUUAAUGCCAAAUUAUAGUUUACUAAAGCAUUUUGCACAAAAUAACAAAAAUUGUCACUUUUUAUAUUCUGUACAUGCAAGUAAACAUUCUGAACAUUUACUUUUAUCUGUAUCAUUAUUGCUUGUAAUCAAAUAUCUUAAAUAUAAUCUAAGCUGUAUGAAACAAAGUCGACAUGGACCAACAUUAAUCAUGUUUACAUGAUGCUUGGGGGGAAUGUCUUGGUAAAAUCGAAAGUGUUUACAAAUUUAUCGUCGUUUUUUUUUUGUCUCGUUUUGUUCAGAUAAAUGAUCCUGAAGGGGAAUGUUCUCUUUGAUUUAUUGUGGUUUGUUGGUUGCUUCAAUCAUGUUGAAUGUUUUAAUUACAAAGAAACGGUGCUUCGAAGUGGGUAAUUUAAUCAGUUUGUUUAGUGGACAGAAUUUCUGCAGAGGAGGCAAAAAAGUGAGCAUAUUCCACAGUUUUAGAAAAUGUAUCGUUGGAAGUUCUGUGUCUCCAUGAGUUAUGAGGCCUCUAGAUGUAAAUCAGUGCUAACCGAUCCACAGCUUUAUUCUUUGAUUACUGGAAUGACAAAUUAGAUCUCAAUGUAAACGUUAUAUUCUUUCACUACUGUCAUUCUUUUUACUUCUGCUUCAAUAUCUAGGUCAGUUUCCACAUCAUAGGUCAUUUUUAAUAUUCUCCUCUUGCUGUCAAUACAGAGUUCCCCAGCAGUGCAAGAUCCUGGGGGUUGGUAAAUGUGUAUGUGCCAAAUCUCACCUAAGUGUUUUUUUUUUUUCUUUAUUAGCAAAAUUUUCAAGCUGUCAGAUUUCAUGAAAAGUAAUCAUCAAGUGUCCAGAUUCUAAAAUAAAUUUUA